UUCCCAUUACUCCGCCAAGGCCAACUUAAAUACCUAAACAUUCAAUGUCACACGAGGAAUCGAACUCUUCGAAGGAAUUGUGUGGCUUUCAUGUUGUCCUUUGGCUUGACGUCGAAAAAAAUACGAAAUAGGAGUAUGAAAAAUUUGACGUGCAAUUAUAUUCUUUCUCAUGACUAGAGAAAUCAACCAGCCACUAUCAAACUGAGAUUAUGCAGUAGGAAGAAUGUUGUAGAAUCUAUAGAGGAAAAUAAGCUAUAGAAUUUCUCCUAAAAAUGUCCUACCAGUUACCGCUUCAAUUUGUCCGUUGCAGUCGUCUUGUUGGAGAGAAAAAUACUAAUUUUUUCCAUUUAAGGCAAACACAAUUGCUGCUUACCAAAGUAAAGAAUGUGAUAUUUUCCUCCAAUUUCUCUAACAAGUCUUCAUUACCAGAUUACAACUAUAAUCUUCCAGGAGAGGGGAAACGCAAGAGAAGAAAAAACUUUAGCUCCAAUGUAAAACUUAUUGGUGAGAUCUUGUAUGGAAUUCAUCCUGUCCUGCUUGCACUGAAGAAAAACAGUCGUGCCUGUCACAAACUCUAUAUACAAAAAUCUUCAGGACAACGGUCUGAACUGCUGCAGCAGAUUAUCUCCCUUGGUAUUGAACGCAAUAUCACAGUGACUGCAUUUCAUAAAGAAGAAUUGGAUAAAUUGUCUGGUUCACGGCCUCACCAGGGUGUAUGUAUGGAUGUGUCUUAUCUUAAGAUGGAGGAACUGAAGCCAGAAACAUUCAGUCAAUUAUGUUUACAAGAAACUGAAAAGAAAUCAUCUGAGCAGCAGUUAUUCUUGGUUCUUUAUCAAGUUCAGGAUCCCAUGAACUUUGGUGCUAUUUUACGCAGUGCAUAUUACUUUGGUGCAAACAAAGUCAUUUUCUCAAAAGAAAACAGUUCCAUAAUAAACCCUGUGGUGAGCAAAAGCAGUGCUGGGGCCUUAGAGUUGCUUCCAAUGGCAUUUACCAACACAGAACAAACUCUGAUGUCUCUCUUAAGGAACCUAAAGAAAUAUGGAUGGAAACUUGUAGGAACUGUUGGUAAGAAUUGUGAGUUUGAGGGAAAGACUUUGAAACAAAUUGGAGAUAUCUGCCUCCGUGAUCCAACAGUACUCAUUGUUGGUAAUGAAGGUACUGGUGUCUCCAAACAGAUGUUGCGUUUGUGUGACCAUCUGGUGACAAUCCGUUCCCAUGUGGACAAUGAACAGCUUGAUAUUGAUUCCCUCAAUGUGUCAGUAGCCACAGGAAUACUGCUGCAUUCACUGAAGAAAACAUCGCAGACGUCUUAAAACUGCAACAUUAAAGAAGGCCAUUCAAUCAUUGACCAUUAAUCACUAUUGUACAGAUGUACUGUUUCUACAUCUUCACCGAAACCAACCUAAAACAUCUCCCAAUCCUACUUCCCCUCCCCACAUAUGUCUACAUGUUAAAACCAGACAUCAACUACAUCAAUGUCACCAGUCUAAGAGAUGGCACAACA